UUUUGAAAUGAUGACUGUACUUCUUUAAGAUUGAUUGUAAUAGAGGGGGACUAAGUACUUUAUAAAGCUUUAAGUAGAAACAUCCGCUUUUGAUAUUAACCUCGUGAAAAUACAAUUUUUAUUUACCUCACAAUUAUUGAUUUGAAUUACAAUAUUUUAUUCGUAAAUAAUGUUGCUGUUACGAACAUCAGUGAUCCAAAUCAUAGUUAUUUAUUUCACCCAACUCAUCCAAUCUCACUAUCUCAUUACAGCCCGAUCACCUCUUGGUUACAACGAUCGUCCAAUAAUAGGUAUACUGGCGCAAGAAGCAAGUUAUCAUUUACGACAUGUUUAUAACAAUGCGUACAGCAGUUACAUCGCAGCAUCCUAUGUUAAGUAUAUUGAGAGUGCUGGAGCUCGUGUUGUGCCGAUAAGACUUGGAAGACAUGAGUCAUACUAUGAAGAUAUUAUGAGCAAAGUAAAUGGAGUUCUUUUUCCUGGAGGUUCGACUAAUUUCACUACGAGAAAUGGCUUUUUCGACACUGUAGGGAUAAUUUAUAGGAUUGCAACACGUAGGAAUGAACAAGGUGAUUAUAUUCCACUCUGGGGAACUUGUUUAGGCUUUGAAGCAAUGACGUAUGUUGCCGCAGGUGACGUUGAUGUUCGUGUUGAAUGUACAGGAGGAAAUAAUGUAGCUUUACCCUUAAACUUCACAAACAAUUUUAAUGAAAGUAAAUUAUUCAAGCAUGCACCUAAAAAUAUUAUUGAUAUUUUAAAUAAUCAAUCAGUAACGGCAAAUUUUCAUAAACUUUGUGUGACAAAGAAAAAGCUUAAAGAGGUCAACCUGUCAAACACUUACCAUGUAUUGAGCGUGAACUAUGACGAUAAUGGGUUAAGGUAUAUUUCAACAAUGGAGCAUUUCAAUAUGCCAUUCUACGCUACGCAGUUUCAUCCAGAGAAAAAUAGUUUUGAGUGGGCAACUCGAUUAAGGGGAAUACCUCACAGUAAAAACGCCAUCAAAGUUGGCCAAUACUUUGCAAAUUUCUUCGUCGACGAAGCUCGCAAAAAUUUUCAUACCUUUGUAUCAAAGGAAGAAGAAAGUUCAACUUUAAUUUAUAAUUAUCCUAUAACAUAUACAGGCCCAACUAGAUCAUCAUUUGAGCAGUGUUAUUUGUUCAACGAUAACUAGCAAGUUCAAAAUCAAUCAAAAAAGAAGAAAUCAUCAGUUUAAUAUACUAUAGUUAAUAUAGUUUUUGAUUGAAUCUUUUUUUUUUAUUUUUGAAUUAAGAAAAUGUAUCUAACAUUAUGCUUAUGAAUUUUGUGGAAAGAAAGCAAUAAUUUAUUGUUAAAAAAAAAUAAAUCGUUCGAUCAAGGA